AUGGCCAUCUCUUGUGUUUGGCUAAUUUGUUUCCUCUCUCUCUUUCUUGGCCAUGGUGUUCUUGAUCAACUUGAAGCCUCCCACAUUGUUUACACAAACGUUGAGACUCUUCAACCAGCUUCACCAAAUCAAACUUACAGAACUUCUUAUCAUUUCCAACCUCCCAAGAACUGGAUGAAUGAUCCUAAUGGACCCAUGAUUUAUAAGGGCCUUUACCAUUUUUUUUACCAAUACAAUCCAAAUGGUGCAGCUUGGGGUAACAUAGUAUGGGCACAUUCAACAUCUGAGGAUCUUGUCAAUUGGACUCCCCAUGAUCCUGCCAUCUACCCGUCCCAGCAAGCCGAUAUCAACGGUUGCUGGUCCGGCUCCGCCACUAUCCUUCCCGGGGAAAAACCUGCAUUUCUCUAUACCGGAAUAGACCCCGGGAGCCAACAAGUCCAAAACAUAGCCGUGCCCAAAAACCUGUCUGACCCUUUCCUUAGGGAAUGGGUCAAGUCACCUAAGAAUCCACUAAUGGCACCAACUAGCAUGAACAAAAUCAAUGCAAGCUCAUUCAGAGACCCAACCACUGCUUGGCUAGGCCCUGAUGGGUGGUGGAGAGUGAUCAUUGGUAGCAAAAUAGAUCGGCAGGGACUAGCAAUUCUAUAUAGGAGCAAGGAUUUUAUUUAUUGGAUUAAAGCUAAUGACCCGCUUCAUUCGGCUAAUGGCACUGGAAUGUGGGAGUGCCCUGAUUUUUUUCCAGUUUCUACUACCAGUCAAAGUGGUCUGGACACAUCUAUGCUUGGUUUGGGCAUCAAACAUGUGCUUAAACUGAGCUUGGAUGAUACCAAACAUGACUAUUACACAGUUGGAACAUAUAACCUUGCCAUGGAUAGAUAUAUCCCGGAUAGUGGAUCCGUGGAUGGUGAUUCAGGCUUAAGAUAUGAUUAUGGAAAGUUCUAUGCUUCGAAAACAUUUUACGACAGUGUCAAAAGUAGGAGAAUCUUGUGGGGUUGGAUUAACGAAUCGUUGUCUGAAGUCGAUUUUGUCAAACAAGGAUGGUCAGGAGUUCAGGCAAUUCCAAGGACUCUUUGGCUGGAUAAAUCAGGAAAGCAAUUGGUGCAAUGGCCAAUUGUAGAGAUUGAAACGUUGCGCACAAACCGAGUUGACUCGCCAAGCACUGAGCUUAAGGGAGGAUCAGUACUUGAAAUUUCAGAUGUCACAGCUGCACAUGCAGAUGUAGAAAUAUCAUUUGGAGUAUCAGAGUUUAAGCAUGCAGAUGCGCUGGACCCAAGUUGGACUAACCCACAACUCCUAUGUAGCCAAAAGGGUGCAUCAGCUAAAGGUGGGCUUGGACCAUUUGGGUUGCUUGUUUUGGCUUCAAAUUACUUGGAAGAAUAUACAGCAGUGUUUUUUAGAAUCUUCCAAGGCCAAAAUAAAUAUGUGGUGCUCAUGUGUAGUGACCAAAGCAGGUCCUCACUCAAUCAGAACCCUGACAAGACCACUUAUGGAGCAUUUCUGGAUGUAGAUCCUAGUCAAGAGCAAUUAUCACUAAGAAGCUUGAUAGAUCACUCUAUAGUGGAGAGCUUUGGUGGGGAUGGAAAGGUGUGCAUCACUUCUAGGGUUUAUCCCACAUUGGCUAUUGAAGAUGGGGCCCACUUAUAUGCCUUCAAUAAUGGAACUGAGGGUGUAACAAUCUCAAAAUUGAGUGCUUGGAGCAUGAAGAAAGCUCAAAUCAGCUGAAAAAAAUUAAAAAAGAAAAGAGGAAGUGACCUAUUUUAUGGGGUUGGGAUUGAGAGAAUUUUUACCAUCUAUCAUCUUACUAGUUAUUAUGAUGACCUUAUUAUGAUAUAAAUAAACAGUAAGUCACUAAGUACGUGCCAUAAUACGCUAUUGUUAUGAAAUAACAUGUCAUCCAUUUAAGUGUAGCAUAUUAUGAUUGGAGUAAAUUACUUCUUGUUGAGAGACUUUGUGUGAUACAGAAAUAGAAACAAUGACUAAAUAAUUUAAACCCUAAUUUUUUUUUUUUUUUCCUUCCGCCCAAUGCAAAAGGAUGAAAUAAUGAAGAGAAAGGUAGCAGGAAUGAUCAAAGAGAGAUAAUUAGCACGAGUGAUCUCCUUCACAGACUCGGAAAUUUUUGGUUCCAUUUUCACGUGGCGACAAAAACACUUAAUAUAUGUGAUUUGGGGGUGAUUGCAACUCGAGCAAACGUUUUGAAACUGCAUAAUAACCACUUUUUAAUGUAUGCUUGCAAAGUUAAUA